GUAAUGAUGUUCUGCUAUUGCCGUUUUACAGGAGAAGGCACAAUCAAUGGGUCUCUUGACUUGGUGAGAAAUUGAAGUCAGAAAGUUGCUGAAUCACAUCACUGAGCAGAGCAUAUUCCUCAAAUGGCCUUUCUCUAAUGAUGGAAAAAAAAAGCAAAAAAGAAAACAGAAGCAAACCUGGCACUGCUCUAUUAAUUUGGCUGUAGGUGUUGGAAGAUGAAAUUCUGCUCGACUUCCAGGCAACCAAAUAUCCAUCCUGCAAUGUGCAGAGAAGCUGCUGAAAUGCUGGAACAGAGAGACUGGGGGAAACACUAAGAAAUUCCUGACUCCCUGUAGAGCACAAACUGUGAACACAAAGAAGAGGAAGGAGGAGGACGACUCCAGGUAGAGGUGGGUCUCAGAGUUCAGAUUCAGAUUCAUCUGCCACACCUGGAAAUGCCGUGGACGUGAACAAUGAAGGCUCCUCAGAGGGCUUCAUCUGUCCAUUAUGUAUGAAAGUGUGUGUAACUCCCACUGAUCUGUCUGAACAUUACAAGAGUGAGCAUACUGGGACAGAAGGAAGACAGGAGCUUCGUGACCUCGCAGCUAUUAGUGGCUUUAUUUGUCCUCUCUGUAUGAAGUCUCAUGGAUCAGCAGAGGAGCUGUUCAAACACUAUGAAGCAGUUCAUAAUUCUGGCAUUGAUUCAACGCAUGGAGGGGAAGGUCAUCUGUCACCGGAAAGAGAUGAAGUAUCACUGCUCCGACAAGAAGUCCAAGACUUGCAAGCUUCGCUGAAGGAGGAGAGAUGGUAUUCAGAAGAGCUGAAGAAAGAACUAGAGAAAUUGCAGGGGCAGCGGCAGCAAGAUUCUAAAUCUGAUGGAUUGACAACAGCUACGUCUGCAGAAUCAUUAGAACGGCAACUAGAAGAGAUCCAAGUAGAAAAUUUUAACAUUAAGCAAAUGAAAGACUUAUUUGAGCAAAAAGCAGCACAACUGGCCACUGAAAUUGUGGAUCUUAAAUCAAAGUAUGAUGAAGAAAUCAGCCUUCGGGAAGGUGCAGAACAGAAGGUGACAAACCUGAGACAGGAACUGCAGAAAGAGAGAAGUACAGUAGAAGACUUAAAGACAGAGCUGCUACAAAGGCCUGGUGUGGAAGAUGUGGCUGUCCUGAAAAAGGAACUGGUCCAAGUUCAAACACUGAUGGAUAAAAUGACCCUGGAUCGUGAGAGAGAAUCUGAAAAGCUGAAAGAUGAGUGCAAGCACUUGCAGGAAAAGCAGGCUAAUUCUGAGGCUACCAUUAACCAGCUAAAAGCUGAACUUGCCAAAGGACCUCAGGAGGUAGCUGUGUACGUUCAGGAGCUGCAAAAACUUCAAAGUUCAGUCAAAGAGCUAGAACAGAUGAAUCAGAGUCUGACUGAGAAGCUGCUGAAGAAAGAACAGGACUACACCCAGCUGGAAGAAAAACACAACGAAAUAUCAGUGAGUAAGAAGAAUGUGCAGGCAAGUUUUCACCAGAAGGACCUGGACUGCCAACAGCUUCAGGCAAAGCUGUCUGCAUCUGAAGCCUCGAUACAGAGAUUACAGACAGAGCUAGGUGAGAAGGCAGAAGCAAGCCAGAAACUUAAAGAAGAGUUGUCUGAAGUAGAGACAAAGUACCAGCAUCUCAAGGCAGAAUGUAAACAGCUCCAGCAGCAGAGGGAGGAAAAAGAGCAGCAUGGACUUCAACUCCAAAGCGAGCUCAGUCAGUUGCACAGUAAACUCCUGGAAACAGAGCGCCAGUUAGGGGAAGCGCAUGGGCGGCUCAAGGAACAGAGGCAGCUGUCCAGUGAGAAACUGAUGGACAAAGAGCAGCAGGUGGCUGACCUACAAUUAAAACUUUCUCGUGCUGAAGAGCAGCUAAAGGAAAAAGCAGCAAAUUCCACAGAAUUGCAACAUCAAUUAGAAAAGGCAAAGCAACAGCACCAGGAGCAGCAGACACUUCAGCAAAAUACAACAGCAAAACUACGAGAAGCCCAGAAUGAUCUGGAGCAAGUACUACGACAAAUUGGAGAUAAGGACCAAAAAAUUCAAAAUCUUGAGGCUUUGCUUCAAAAAAGUAAGGACAACAUCUCUCUGCUAGAAAAGGAAAGAGAGGAUUUAUAUGCAAAAAUUCAAGCUGGUGAAGGAGAAACCGCGGUUCUUAACCAGCUACAAGAGAAAAACCAUGCAUUACAAAUACAGGUAACUCAGCUGACAGAGAAGCUGAAGAAUCAAUCAGAAAGUCAUAAACAAGCCCAAGAGAAUUUGCAUGAACAAGUGCAGGAACAAAAGGCUCACCUAAGAGCUGCUCAAGAUCGUGUGCUUUCCCUGGAAACAAACAUCACUGAACUAACCAGUCAGUUAAAUGAAAGUAAAGAGAAAGUGUCACAACUUGAUGUGCAGGUAAAAGCAAAGACUGAAUUGCUGCUUUCAGCAGAAGCAUCAAAAGCUGCUCAGAGAGCAGAUCUACAGAACCAUCUGGACACUGCCCAGAAUGCACUGCAAGAUAAACAACAGGAGUUAAAUAAGGUCAGCGCUCAGUUGGAUCAGGUUACAGCUAAGCUGAAUGACAAGCAGGAAUACUGUACUCAGCUGGAAGCCAGUCUUAAGGAGUACAAAGAAAAAUGCCUUUCUUUAGAACAGAAAACUGAAGAACUAGAGGCACAACUUAAGAAACUUGAAGGUGACAUUCUUGAUGCUAGAGCAAGUAAAGACCAAGCUCUUCAGGAGUUACAGCAACAGCGACAUCAGUCUAAAGAAUUAGACCUCCGGACAGCAGAACUGAGUAAACAACUUGAAGCAGCAAGAGAAGCGAUGUCUAAUGCGCAAUUGGAUUUGCAGAAGAAAUCUGAGGCCCUUGACCAAGCAAACCAACAAAUUUCCAAGCAGGAGGCAGAAAAGGCCAGUCUCAAACAAAACCUUGAGAAAUCAAAUCAAGAUACAAGUAAACAGCUCAAGGAACUUGAUUGUAAAAUGCAAGCAGCCACAUCAGAGCUGCAACAAGUGAAAUUAGAGAAGGACACUCUAUUAAAAGACCUUACAGAUACCAAAGAUAAGCUCUCAAAAAGCUCUGAAUCCUUCAAAAAAAGAAAGGAGGAAUUAGAAAAAGAAAUUAAAAAAGGAAAAGCAGUUAUGGCAGAAAUGGAAAAGUCUUGCCAAGAAUUAAAACACCAACUUCAGAUACAAACAGAGUCUGUAGCUAAAGAGAGGAAUGAAUUGAAAAACUCACUGGAGAAAAAGGAGGGGAUUUCUAAGCAGCUGUCUAUAGACCUUGAUUCAGCAAGAGCACAAGUGCUGGAAAUCCAGGGUCUUCUGAAGGAAAAAGAAAAAAGUGAGCAACAUCUCCAGGGAAAGCUGAGAGAGUUAAAGGAAUCUUUUGAGCAGAAGAAAAAACAUAGUGAGACACUGCAAGCUGAAUUAAAAACUGCCCUUUUAGAAAAGGCAGAGCUGGAGAAUAAACUACAACAGCAGUCUAUUUUGUCAGCACAGGAGCUUAAAGCAGAGAAAGGCAAGCUAGCAGACUUACAGAAGGCCCAUGAUAAACAUAAAGAAAACAUGGAGAAGCUGCAGCUGGAUCUUUAUGGGAAAGAGUCUGAGCUGCUGGCAACCAGGCAAGACCUUAAGUCCACAGAAGAAAAACUUGCUCUGGCUCAAGAAGAAUUAGUUUCCAGCAGGAAUCGAAUUGCCUCCAAUAAUCAACAGAUUCAAGAACUGAAGAAAGCUAAGUCUACACUGGAGCAGGAUGCAUCAAAGAAAGAACAGCAGCUGGGUGAGAAGACCAAAAUGCUACAAGAUCUUCAGAAUGACAGGAUUUUGAAGGAAAAAGAUUUGGCUAAUGAAAAAUAUAAAACGGCAGAACUCCAGGAAAUAAGGAGUAGACUUGAAAAGGAAAGUGCCAAGCUGGGUGAAGAUCUUAGAGCCUGCAAGCAAGAAUUUGAGAAGGAAGUGACAAAUCUCAAGGAUGCAAACCAGCUAUUGAUUCAACAGAAAUUAGAACUGCAGGGCAAAAUAGAUAAUGCAAAUUCAGCUCUGGAACAGGAGAAACAAAAACAUCAAGCUGUCAAAGAUCAGUUGAAAAAGAGAGAAGAGGAGCUGAAGAAAGAAUGUGAUGAAAUUGAAGCCAAACUGCACACAGAGAAAAAAGACAAAGAAGAAGAAAAACGGAAACAUGAGGAAAAGGAGACUAAGCUUACCAUGCAGGUCACAGCCCUGAAUGAAAACCUUGCUACCAUGAAGAAAGAGUGGCAAAGCAGUCAAAGACGAGUCAGCGAGCUGGAGAAACAGACAGAUGAUUUACGUGGGGACAAUGCUGUCUUGGAAGCAACAGUCCAGAAUAAUCAGGAUGAGAGGAGAGCAUUGCUGGAGAGGUGUAUAAAAAGUGAGGGAGAAAUUGAAAAGCUUCAAGCCAAACUUGUAGAAAUGAAGAAAAAGCUGGACAAUACAACUGCUGCAAUGCAGGAACUUGGCCGAGAAAACCAGUCAUUGCAGAUCAAACAUACACAAGCUCUCAACAGGAAGUGGGCAGAAGACAAUGAGGUACAGAAUUGUAUGGCCUGUGGAAAAGGUUUUUCGGUGACAGUAAGAAGGCAUCACUGUAGACAGUGUGGAAAUAUCUUUUGUGCUGAGUGCUCAGCAAAGAAUGCCUUAACUCCUUCUUCCAAGAAGCCUGUCCGAGUCUGUGAUACUUGCUUUAAUGACUUGCAAGGAUAACUGGCUAUCGUGAGUGACAAAGAAAUGUUACACUAAAAUUUACUAUUUCUGUUGAUGCACUUCAUUCUGCACUCAGACUACUAUUCAGUUUGGACAAUGAUUGUAACACUUGGCAAAAUCUAGUAUAUUUUAAAAUGUUUAUUGAUACCAAGCAAAACUAUUGUAUUUUUUGUGAGACAUGGGCUCAGAUCAUCCAUAGCUUACUGACAUUAAUCAUGGAAAGAGCUUCUAUGUCUAGAUUAGAAAUAUCCCGUUAUUUGUAAAUAAAGUUUAAACAGAGGAAUAACAAUGUAUUUUUUUAUCUUUUAUUUUUUUGUUCAAGAGAAACAGCAUUUAUGUGAUAUUGAAGUUUAUUCUUGUUUCCUUCAAAGAAAAAAAAAGAAGAUGCUAAAACUUGUGAGGAUUUUAUGUAUCAAAUAUUGCUGUAAAAACAACUAAUUGUUGCAUUUAAUUGCAUAUCUGAUGGUCUUUAUAACCCCCUGUGAUUUUGGUUUUUUUUCUAUCUCUCUGGUUCUUGCAUUUUUCUUUCUAAAGUUUGAGGUCCACAGUGAGGGUAAUGGCUGGACUCAACUUCAACUCAGUUUUAUUUGCCCACUUGUAAAUCAGUAGUAUCAGCACCCAAAUCCUUAUCCAAUACAACACUUGGGUACUGUAACAUCUUUAUACAUACUACAUUGCAUAGUUGGUGUGUGAGUGUGUCUGUCUCUCUGAGAAAGUAUGUGUGAACAAAUAAUGAGACAAAGUUUAUGUGGCAUUGUAGCAAUAUUAUAUGAUACAUUACAAUAUUUAAUUCCCUAGUGAUUGACUUCAGUUUUACGAAUUUGUUUGACACAUUUUAAUAUUCAAGAAAUCCUUUCAUGUGGGUUUUAAAAAGCAAACCAACAAUGCUGGUAGAAGCCUGUAGUACAUCUCUGCCCCCGCCCGUACUCUGGAAACAGUUCUAAGGGACAUCCAGACCUUCCAAGCUAGAACUUUUCCAACUAAGAAAAAGGAUUUUUUGAGACAACUUUAAUUUUUCUGGCCUUUUCUUCUAUCCCUUCCCUCAGCUCUUGGUGGAAGAAGCUGAACUCCUGCUACAUCUAACAAACCUCACUAUUCCAUUACUCCAUGUGACCCCCCAUUACCAGAGUCUCUGAAAUGUUAUGUUAGUUAUGUGAUUUAGUCUGCUUAGAAUGGAAAACUGGCUUUGUUAUAAGCCAAACAGCUCAAACUAAGAUGCCUAUAUAUAUAUAUGACUAUAAAUAUUUGUUCAUGUUUUCUGUACUGGGAACAGAAGUUUCUUGUAGAGCUCAUGUAGGCUCCAGACUUCUUUUUUGUAAUUUUGUUUGCAUCUCUUCAUUUUUGCUUACCUGUCUCUAACUUUUCUUCCCUUUGUAUCUGGUUUUUCAAAACCAUUAAGAUUAUUUCUUCUAAGCAGGAGUUAUGCUUUCCAAUAUUUAGGAAUUUUUUGUCUUAAAUACCCUAAUAAAUUCUUCACCCCUCAAAUGCUUCAGUAUCUUACCAAAUUUGGCCAGCUGUUGAGAGAAAAAGGUUGUGUUCUGAACUCCUCUACUUCUUUCCUGAGGCAAGGAAUCAAAUUUUGUCACAAUGAUGGUAGUUUAGUCAUCAUUAGGAAGACUUAUUUGCUUUUAUCUAGUUACAGCUCUAUAUGUGAAUGAAGAAGUGUCUCCUUUAUAAAAAAAGACUUGUCUUGAUUAACUGUCAAGUGAAGAAACUUCAUCCCUCUACUCCAGAAGAAGUGAUCUGUGUUUUAUAUGCCCUUUUAACUUACCCAGCAAGUUCUACAUUUGCACUGUCAAGGAGUUUUCUUAAAAUUCAGUUCCUAUUUCUCAAAAGCCAACUGAUGUAACUUGUUCUUGUCACUGUAAAAGGGUUUGGGUUACAACUGUGGUUCGUACAAAACACUGACCUGCUUUUCUGGUUUGAGCUUGAGAGAAAAAAAAAAACCCUGCUGCCACAAUUCCAUAUGAACAGAGCCUCUGGACUCCUGUUUCUCCUCAUGAGUGUAACUGUAACUGUUUGGCAUAAGAAUCUUUUGAAUAGAAAAUAUGAAUAGAAUCUCUGCCUCUGGGAAUUUUUUUUUCUAUUUAUUUGUUUACUGAGAGAAACAAAAAAAAUUGCUUUAGAGUCUUUCUUUGUCUGACUAUAGAAAUGUGGGAAAAAUAGAGAUGUGACAGUUAUGCUCCAGCCUAGAUGCAUUCUGCCCUUUUGUGUAUCACACAAGAGCCUUGUGUGGUUCUUAGAGUGAAGGACAAUCUCAGAACAGGAGGGAUUUUUAUAGGGAAGGGAGAAACUUCCCACAGCUGCCUAAGAUCAAAACACUUGUGGCAGAGGAAGAUAGAGAUCUUUCAGGGGAGCUAGGAAAGUGCUUAGAAGAUUCAGUUGUGUUUAGGUGUUUUACUUUUGAUUGGGAAUGUGUGAAAGCUCAGGAGAGACUUCUGCAGUGGUAGAAGCUCUGGAAGGGCUGUUCUUAAUUCAGCCUUUUGGGAUGCCAUUGUGAAAAGACAAGCAGAAUCACCUUUCUCAGCAGGCUGCUGCUCACCUUGGUGGGGAGCUCUUCAGCUUCAGGGGCAAAAACAGCUUGAUUUUUGAAAGUUGCUUUUUGCUGGCUGUUUUAUAUAACCAACUUUUUGAGGGGAUGGAAAUGCUUUUUGAACACACAUUUGUAGAAAGAAGGAUUGUUAAAAUAUGGAGGAACAGUUGGGUAGAAACUUUCAUGCUUGAAUUUUGAUUCUGCAGCAAUAGUUCAUGAUUUCUACAGCUUUCAGUGGAGUGAAUUUAUGACUCCAUUGCUGAGUCUUAUGCUCUUUCUUUUGUACUUGUAAUUCUUAGUGCUGGUCUGUAUUUGUGAACAAAUUGAUGGUAUACUGACUCUAUAAUACUUGGCUUCACUGCCAGGUUGGAAACUGUGCUCAAGCCCAAGAAAAUAUCCCAUAAUAAAGGAAACUGGAAGGUGAAAAGCUGUGUAUUUACAAAUAUGCUUGCAGAGUCUGACUGUUUUGAUCAGCAUGUUUCAGUAGAAUGUGGGCUUUUUGUUCCACUGCCUUAAAAUCUAAGUAACAGGAAAACCAAGAAAAAAGCCUGGUGACUUUUACCACAGUAAAAUGAAGGAUUCCAGGCAAAACAGUUUUAUUCACUGGCUUUUCAGACUGCAGACACAGGAACGGAGGGAAAAACUAAUAAAAUGGCAGAAGAGACUGAGUCUUGGAACUGGAGGAUGUACAGUGAUGUGUUUUUACAGCACCUGGCAAUAGGCAGAUUGCUCUGAUUCACUGAGGAGCAGCCAUUAUAGAGGAAGAGGUGAAAAUAAUGGCAAAACCAGCACUCAAACCAGUAGGUUUGUGGGAUCCUCAAGCAACCUCUGGUUACUAGUUAUUACUAUGGCAUCAGGAAUGGGACAGUGAAGUGUGGGCUUUGUUCUUGAAACUGUCCCAUCUGCAGGAUACUCCAUCCACAUUCAGAGUUACUGUGAAAGCAAAACGUGAGAGACCAGCUGCUUUAUGGGCAGAGACAAGCUAUGGAAGUUUUUUUAAAUGUGUAAAGGACAGUCUUACUAAGGGUGGGGAGAGGUUCUUUUAACUUCUUGGAGACAACACCUCUCUUCCCAGUCAAAGACCCACAGUCCCUUGCAUUUUUUUGCCCCAUAAAUGCCAAAUCCUACUUUUCCACUCUGGCCUCAUGUGAGCAGUACAUCAUGCUGGAGACAGGUAGCAUUGCAGAAGUCAGUGGCAGGCGUUUGAUGUUAGCUGGCUCUGCUUCACUGUUAUUUAUUUCUUCUCCCCAUGUACUCCCUAAUGUAAUCUUCCCCCUUCUGCGAAGGUUGAAUGAAGAGGAUAAAAGUAAUGAGUCACAGUAGGAAAAGUUGCUGUCUGGAGAUGAAGAGACAAAAGGAAUUUUCUACUGCAGCUUCCAAAAGAGGCAAGAGGUUUAGUAGGAUCUCAUUUUUCAGCUGGCUUCACUGUCUGGCACAAGAGUCCAAAUGAAAUGAGGUUGAAAUGAGGGUUUUUGCCUCUGUUUUUGGAAGGUGUCAAGUAACCAAGUUGCCAUGGAGUGUGGAGUGCAAGGUACACUAGAAUUACGAGUAACUACUUUUGUUGGCUUUGGGACCAUUAGGUUUGUUUGUGAAUCCUCACUGGAAAAGCUUUCUUAUU